ACUAAUAAACUACAAAAAAUGGAAGAUUUUGCAACGAAUAUAAAACUUAUAUUGAGCGUCGAAAGAUUUUCCCGGUUUUUUCCCGAUUCGCCUCUCAAUCCCUAAUCGCCCCAUUUUACCGGUACACAUAAUAUAAUAUUUAUACAUUAUGAAUACAGUGAUAAAAGUAAAAAGGGCUCCUCUUUGUUUUGAACUAAAUAUGAGAUAUACUUUAAAUUUUAGAUGUAAACAAAUUGUACGAUAUUCGCAAAAAUUAGAUACGGGACAAAUUCAACCAGAUAUUUCCAAUAGUAGCAAAAAUACAGAAAAGUUUGUCCACAGUGUUAUAAGUAAUAUUUUGAAACGUAAACCAAAUACUAAUCUCACACCUAAGAAAAUUGUUAUAGAUUUUAGCUCUCCAAAUAUUGCCAAGCCAUUCCAUGCAGGUCAUUUACGCUCAACUAUAAUUGGUAACUUUAUUGCAAAUAUUCACAAAUAUUACAAAGAUUAUGUUUUCAAAAUAAAUUACUUGGGCGAUUGGGGAACACAAUUUGGUUUACUUCAGUAUGGAUUAAAAGCUCAAAAUGUAAAUAUGAAUGAAUUACAGAAGCCAAUUAAACAAUUAUAUGACAUCUAUGUUAACAUGAACAAAUUGGCAGAAACGGAUGAAAAUGUUCAAAAUGAAGCCAGAAAAUACUUUUCAGAUAUAGAACAAGGAAAAAUAAGUCUGGAAAACUGGAAGAAAAUCCGCAACGUAACAGUGCAUGAAUUAGAAAAUGUAUAUCAAAGAUUAGGUAUAACUUUUGAUGCUUUCCAUUGGGAAUCUGAUUACAAUGGCAUUGCCAUCAGAGAUCUGAUGGAUUACUUACAGAAACAUAACAUUAUAAGUAAUGAUGAAACAGGAAAGAAAAUUGCUACCAUCAAUAACAAAAAAAUCACGUUUCUUAAAAGCGACAAUUCCACUUUGUAUCUCACUAGAGAUGUUGCUGCUUUAUUGGAUCGUCAUAAAAAAUAUGAUUUUGAUAAGAUGUUGUACAUUGUUGAUAAUUCACAGGCUGAUCAUUUCUCAUCUGUUUUUGAAAUUGUAAAGCAGUUUAAUAAGAAGUGUACUGAAGGCUGUGAACAUAUAAAAUUUGGAAGAAUAAAGGGUAUGAGUACAAGAAAGGGUAAUGCUGUAUUUUUAAAUGAUAUCUUAGAUGAAGCGAAACAGAAAAUGUAUGAAAAACAAAUGCAGUCAAAAAACACAAGGCAAUCUGCAAUGAAUGAAGAAACAUGUGACAUACUUGGUACCACUGCUGUAGUAAUUAAUGAUUUAAAACAAAGAAGACAGCGUGAUUAUGAAUUUAACUGGGACAGAGCUCUACAAAGUGAAGGUGACAGUGGAAUUAAAUUACAAUAUCUACAUUGCAGACUUAGAAGCUUAGAAAAAAAUUGUGGUGUUUCCAUCCCUGAGUUUUGCAGUCCAGCUCUUCUGACUGAAGAUAUAAUAGUUGAUGUAGUAAAUGAGCUGUCAAAAUUUGAAAAUGUUUUACAGAGGUCAUUUGAAGCAUAUGAAGCCUGUAUUUUAGUCAGUUACUUGUUCCGCUUAGCUAAAUGUAUAAAUAAAAUGUUCAAAGAGAUGAAAGUAAAAAAUGUAGAUCAAAGUACUGCCGAACAAAGGCUUUUAGUUUUUCAUGCAGCUCGUAUCGUUGUAAAAACUAGUUUAGAAAUUUUAGGUGUGAGACCUCUUGAUGAAAUGUAAAUCUAGUCAUUUUACUAUUUAUAUAAAACGACUUGUGUAGUUUCAACCAAGUUAAAUUUUCAACAACUACAUUUUACUGUACUGUUUACCUAAUAUAAUAUUAGCAAGUGAAUGUAGGUAAAAUCAAAAUUAUUGUAAUAAUAUUUAUGUAUCUACAAUCUGAUGUCAUUUUGUACUACUUAAUCUUAAUAAGUAGACAACAUAAUAAAUGAUGCCACAA